UGUAUUUCGCUUUUUAUGUUUCAUCUGCUUUGGGAUUGACAACAUGAGAGUUUAUAUUGCGCUCACGCUUAUGUCUUUUACUGCGCGCUUUGGAGUGUCCCAGUAUCUUCUGCGGGUGCGUCCAUCUCCCAGUGAUCACCUGCCCGUGCUGGAUCUGAAGGAGGACUUAAACCGCGAUGGGGAACCCUCUGAGGAAGAUCUCUCUGUGCCAAACCUGAAAGGCAAACUUGGAGACAGUUUUGAUUCCACUCGAAUGUCUAUCGGUCCACCGACUCAUGGAAAUCUAUCCCUAAAACAUUCACGCAUCAGUCUCACUGGACACAUGCCGCGUGAACUGAGAAAGCUGAACUUGAAUGACCGCAUGUACGGCCAACGUCUCAAAAUAAACAAAAUAAACCGUCAGAAAUUCCGCAGGUGGCUCUGGGCACACACGUAUUGCCCCGUCUUGCCAGUCUGGAAGGACCUCGGGGUGCGCUUCUGGCCACGUUACAUCAAAGAAGGACGUUGCACUCGCAAAUAUUCAUGCUCUGUACCAAAGGGAAUGUACUGCAAGCCUAAUCGAUCCGUUCACGUGACGCUUCUUCGGUGGCGUUGCCAAGGCUCUUCCAAGCUCCGGCGUUGCUACUGGAUCCACGUACAGUAUCCCGUAAUCUCCCAGUGUGAGUGUUCGUGCUGAACACCAUUGGCUGUCUGAAAUAUAAAACAUGUUAAAAUACAUUGCUGCAGAGCUGACGGUGGAUGGUGACUUGCAAUAAAUGAAGCACAAGAGCCACUAUUCCUUGUAAAAAAUACUUACUGUCAGCAUCAUAUGAAUCAUAUCAUAUGAAUCGGCCUUUAAAUGUGUCUCAAGUCAAGAUGGUUCACAUUACAAAGAAGUUGGGAAUGCAUGGUGUCUAUGUCAAUAUUUGUUUAGUGUAAACUUGUUAAUAUUUUUGUAGGUUCACCUAUUGUAAUGCAUGGUAAUCAUUGCCAUAGAAUAAUAUGGCCAAGUAUU